AUGGAGGACUCCAUAUCUGUGUCUGCCACAGAUUUAGUGGAUGCCUCACUUAGAAGCAGCCCCAUCAAUGUUAGAAAGCUCCAUAAGAGAGCUUUACUUGCCAGGGAUCUAUCCUCUUCAUCUUCUGAGGAGGAUAUGGUUCCAGUUUUACAUAAAAAGAAUAAAGAAAGGCAGCUGGUCUCUUCUGCCAGUUACUCGUCGGAGGAAAAAAAUUCUGCUCCUCCUUCCCCUCAUACUCGUUUGAGUAUGCGAAAAAUUCAAGGGACAGGAUCCCAAAAGAGGAAUAGUGUGGACAAAUCUCGUUGGAGGUUAGAUAGUCUUUCUCCUUCCUCUUCUAGAGCGUUUGCUCAUGCUUCCUCCCAAAGCCAUUCCAGUUCUAGACACGGCUCUCCAGAAAUAGAGCGUUUGCUCAUGCUUCCUCCCAAAGCCAUUCCAGUUCUAGACACGGCUCUCCAGAAAUAG